GAGGGACUGAUGAUCUCCGGCUCCGGCUCCGGAACGCUCAUUGCCGCCCGUGUCUCGCGUCAUUUCGCUCGGUGUGCACCUCGGCGUCGGUGGCCGCCGGAGAUCCCGCGAACGUGACUGCGGAAUAACAGCCGCGACAACGGUGAGGCGCAAGUGGCGCGCGAAGAUGCAGGGUACCAUAAUCGAAAAUCUGAGCGGCAAGAAGCUCUCCGUGCUGGUGGUGCUUCUGAUAAUCGCGCAAAUAGUUUGCUUCCUAAUAGGCGGCCUGAUCGCGCCGACACCUGCGAGCAGUCAGAAUAUUCUCGGUACACCGUGCAAAGUCGUUAAUGGAACUCAUGAUGAAAAUACGUGGUUUUACUCGAGAGGAGAAGGCUCGUGUACCUCUAUCGAUAUGCAUCACUUUAAUUCAGACAUUCAUCAGCAGCCUUAUCAAGUUGUAUACACUUUUCAGAUGCCCGUACCUCGGAACAGCAUGCAACUUGAUUAUUCGAGAUGGCAGCAAAAUUUGAUAGGUGUUUUACAAGUGGAUAUUUCAUACACGAGCCAGAUUGAAAUCGCUCCUAGGACGAAAAUAACGCUGGACGCACGGCUGGCAUAUCGAAACAAGGGAGAUCCCGAUAAUGCAUGGAAACCGUACGCUUCUUCUAUUGUGGAGAGAAUUUUGGACUGCAGCAUAGACAAGCCACUGGAGCACUAUAAUUACAACUGCAGCGUUAUGCCAUUGUUCGAAUUGGGAUCUUUGUACCACGAUUAUUACCUGUUGAACAUUCGUCUUCCUUCGGACCCCGAUAAAAACCAAGGAUUGGGACACAUUGUUGACUUGUGGCUUACAGCCAUUAAUCAAAAUGGUGGAUUCACGAAAGUGUGGGUGAGUCUGAAGACCAUUUAUUUCCCAGUGGUGGUUAGUGUUUUGAUUUGGCACAUGAGGAGAGUGUACAUGCUAUCCAGACCGGCCGCCCUUUUGGAAUACAUGCUCUUAGUUUUGGGAUUAGCCUUGACAGUUUUAAAUCUGCCAUUGGAAUAUUUAACACUUGCUUUCGACAUGCCAUUUAUGCUUCUGCUGGGUGACAUUCGACAAGGAGUAUUUUAUGCAACAUUGUUGUCAUUCUGGCUCGUAUUUGCCGGCGAACAUUUGAUGAUUCAGGAGGGCGAAACAAGCAAUUCAUUGAAAAGUUACUGGCGGCAUCUCUCUGCGGUGGGCACCGGCUGUCUCUCGCUAUUCGUAUUUGAUAUGUGCGAGCGUGGGGUACAACUGAGAAAUCCAUUCUAUUCAAUUUGGGUCACUGAUCUUGGCACGAAACUGGCACUAUCCUUCAUUAUUUUGGCUGGUAUAUCGGCCGUAGUAUAUCUGUUGUUUUUAUCUUACAUGAUAUGGAAAGUAUUUAUGAAUAUUAGUAUGAAGAGAGCCGUUUUACCUAGCAUGAGCUCGGCGCGGCGCCUGCAUUAUGAGGGUGUCAUAUACCGUUUCAAAUUCUUAAUGAUUGCCACGUUAUUAUGCGCGUCGUUAACCGUCAUUGGUUUUAUACUCGGACAGGUUGCAGAAGGUCAGUGGAAAUGGGACGAAGAUAUACAAUUGGAAAUGACUUCUGCCUUUUUCACCGGGGUUUACGGCAUGUGGAAUAUUUACAUCAUUGCAUUAUUGUGUCUCUAUGCGCCUUCCCACAAACAAUGGCCAAUCGAGCCAUCUGAGAACAGUAUUAGUGAAGAGAUCGAAUUUUCUCCCCUACCAACAGAUCCUAACGAGAUGCUGUCUCUGACUGCAUUUGCACGAAAAACCGCAGUAGAGUAAAGUACAUGUUUCUAUUUGUGUACAUUUUGUAAGAAACAAGGACAGCACAGCAAACUCCACUUAAUAGAUACAUAAUGUACUUAAUUGUUACAAGUAGAAUCUGUAAGUAGAACUGUACUUAGAUCUUUCACUAUUUAUUAGAAACACAAUGACUGAUAAUACUUCUACGGUAACUUACGGCAAUUUCGUAUGCCAACUUUGAUUAUUUAUUGCUUCCAACGUUUUUUAGUAUGUUUUUUUUUAUAUACCUAUUUAUAGCAUCGUAUUAUCUAUGAUAAGAAAAAUAUAUAAGUCAUUUCAUCUCCAUAUCCGUCGGUAUUUGUCAUAUGCACAAAUUCUGGAGUGGAAUUGAUAAUCUGUUUUUUAUACCCAUACAUUUGUUUUUUAUACCAUUUACAAAAAUUAAUAUAGCAUAACGCAACGUAAAUAUAUAUAAAUAUAGAUUGAAAUACAAAAUGAUGUGUAAUAAUUAAAAUCGCGUACAGUAAAACUACGCUUAUUCGCACUCCAUUUAUACGAACAAGUUUCAAAUAUAUGAACUCGUAGGUGAGCUCUUAUUAUCCGAACCAUUAGGAUAACAAGAGCUCGACAUGCUUAAUUUUCUGAAACGUCCAGCUCCUAUUAUCGAAAUUAAUAAGAAUGAUUAAUGAGAAUUAAAUGAAUUUCUAUUAUCCGAACCAUUUGAUUAUCGGAACUAUCUGGUCUCCCGAUAUGUUCGAAUAUAAACGGAGUUUUACUGCAUUUAAAAAAGUGCGAUACAAGAAGUACUAGAAUAAAAACGGCAGACAUAAUCAUGUUAUUUUAAUAUAAUAUCUAUAUUUGAUGUAAAAUUUUUUACACCAAUAUUUUCUACGUGAUCACUUAAAUUCGGGAAAAUAUUGCAUAAGCGACAAUCAAACGUUUCUGAAUCAAAUGCUUUAUAUGCGAAUCAGAUGAAAUGAUGAAAUGACUUUAUGUAGUAAACAGCAGCUAAUCUAUAUAAUUGAAAUAGGAUUUACACAGUAUUAUAUGGAUGUAUUACCGUACUGCGUAUAGAAUUCAUUUCUAUGAAGCUUCUACUAAUGGAUAAGACGUACUUUAUAAUGAAUCUGAAAUUCUUAUGUUGGAAGGAAAAAAAUUGAAGAAUUUUUCUUUGGCAUAUUUUCUACAUGUAAGAUUUUUUAGAACAUCUUUCAGUAUUAUGUGCUUAUACAGCAGCGGUAGUAUUCCUGCGCUAUUCUAAUCAUUUUUCUUUUUAUAUAUGACUCGUCUACUAAUAUAAGAGCUGUAACUAUUACUUAUACAGUUAAUUAUUCUUAAAUCAUUGAAAAUUUAAUGAUAUUUCCAUUCCAAUCUUACGUUAAAUAUUAUGUAAGUGAUUUAUUGAAGUUAAUCAACGACGAAUAGAUUUAGACGAUGAAUUUAUAUACAUAUAUAUACAUAUAUAUAUAUAUAUAUAUAUAUAUAUAUAUACUAAGAAUUCGAAAGCUCCCAUUUUUCCUAUUUACUUGUCAUAUAUUUAAGCAUAUAAGACGCGCGAAGAGAAGAGUGUAGUUUUUACUUCCCAAUUCGAAUUAUAAAAAAAAGCCUCGUAUGAUAUCUCAUUAUAUUAUAUGUAUACAUAUCAUUAUUGGGCAUUCGUCUAUCAUUUGUAACGCGAUAUAUGUAUCAUGAUUGAUAGUAUUAAGAGUCAAUUAUAUUCAUGAUUUACAACGGCAUGCAUCUUGAAAGUAACAAUUUCGUACGGAAAGUAAUGUGCCAAUUUGCUUAGGUCUGCCAUUCAAUUAUAGUGUCCGUUUUUUAUUAUACGCAUUAAUUGUUACAUAUACAAAGUAUUAAUGCAAGUCUUUCACCUUAGACAAGUUAUGAAUCACAGGGCGUAAUAACUUUUUGCACGAAUUUAUUAUUCGAAAUUAGAUCAGCAACUGUUUGAUAAUUGUUUUAUAGAUAAUUGUGUAUGCAAUUAAUAGAGAUGCGCGAAUUAAGGUCUCUUGACGUCAAAUCGAAUCGAAUCAUUGAAAUAUAUAACUUCUAAUUAGCAAUAAUUAUUGUUGAAUAGAUUGAAUUUUAAUACGUAGAAUAUAGAUAUAAUGGAGAAAAGGAUUUCUACGUAAGAGAAAUAAUACUUAUUUAAAUUUGAAUAUUUGAUACAAUUAUAUUAGCGGAAAAUAUAUACGAUUUUAUAAUAUUUUAUA